AUGGCAAGAGAGUUGAGCCCCGGCUUAAAGAUUCUCUGGGUCUGGACCCUUGGCACCGCCGCUGUACUGGUUACAAGUGUGGUGAGGACGAGGGUGAGAGACAUGGAGAACCUUAUGAAUGCCGAGCAGCAGCAGCAAAAACAACAACAGCACAACACUGCCACCGACACAGAGACACUCUUGGUGGACACUUCGCCUCAGUCCUCUGAACUGAUUCGAGAAGAGAAACCAUAG